AUGUUCUCCAAACUGGUAGCUCUUUGCGCCGUAGUAGCGGUGGCCUCAGCCGGACUCCUGCCGGCCCCUGUACACUACUCUUCCGCGUCUGCCGUCUCCUCUCAGAGCAUUGUACGCCACGACGAACAUGCUACUCCCGUCGCCAAGAUAGCCCUCGCAGCCCCAGUCGCGUACCACGCUGCCCCCGCCACCGUGGCUUACCAUGCUGCCCCCGCCGCAGUUGCCUACCACGCUGCCCCCGCGGCCGUCACUUACCACGCAGCCCCUGCUCCCGUCGCCUACCACGCCGCUCCUGCUUCCAUCGCCUACCACGCCGCUCCCAUCGCUAAAGUGAUCGCCCAGCCCGAGGAAAUCGCUUACCCCAAAUACGAGUACAAUUACUCUGUUGCUGACGGACACACCGGUGACAACAAGCAACAACAAGAAUCUCGUGAUGGUGAUGUCGUGAAGGGAUCAUACUCCUUCCACGAAGCCGAUGGCUCUAUCAGAACUGUGGAAUACUCCGCUGACGACCACAGCGGUUUCAACGCCGUAGUACACAACACAGCUCCCACCGCUGCCCCUGCUUACAUUAAGGCUGCUCCCGUCGUUGUCAAGACCCCCGUCUACGCCGCCCCAGCUCUCCAGUACUACCACCAUUAAGUAUUAUAUACUUCAACGCUACUAUUUAUACCAAAUUAUACUAAAGUAUUUCAAUAAAUAUAUGUGAAUAACAUAUAUGAAUAUCAAAA